UUGUAACAGAUGUAAACCAAGUUUUAAACCUUGAUGGUAUAUACACAGUACAUACAAUAAAAAUAGUACCCUGAAUCACCGUAAUUGCCACAAAUCUAAAAUAAACAUAAUUGUAUUAUGAUAUAGAUGCUGUUCAGAUCAUUCAGAUACCCAAAGUUUAAAGUAUAGUUUGUGUAACAUGAUGUGGACAAUAUAGUUAUAAUUUAAGCAGCCUUCAGAGAAUACACAACAUCAUCAGGGACUCCUCACAGCCUAGUCACAAUCUGUUUAACCUCCUUCCAUCAAGAAGAAGAUACAGGAACAUGGGCACCAGAAUGAACAGCUUCCGGACCAGCUUUCUUCUAACUACAAAACCCUACUGAACUCUACACUACACUAUUAUAGAUUAUCUUCUACAUAUUUAUAUACCAUGUGCAUUAACACUCUAAAUACAAUGUACCUACCUCAUAUUUGAAAUGUAUAUAUCCCAUAUUUCUCUACAUAUAUUGUGUAUAUUGUAUAUUGAUAUAUUUGCACUUGUCAGAUGGCAGAAUAAUUUUAUUGCCCAUCUUAUAGACGCUAAACUGCAUUUGAAUCUGAAUCGAUUCCUUUGUCUGUUAAAUGAUUCAGUUGAUUGAUUCGCGCGAGCCUUUAAUGUCACGCACUCCUACACAGGAAUUCGUUCGUUAGCUUCUUGGCUAACAGUUUCCCCCCUCAGGAGACUGAGAUGCUGUUUUCGCCAAUUACAUACCUAAAACUUGAUAUUUAUACAUUUUAAUUUCAACAAGUUUGCUGUAGUUAGAAUUUUCAGUGAGGGAAUGGCGACCGUACUGAAAAAACGAGGAAAAGCAAAGCAGGAGAUUGCUGAGUGGGAUAGCUUAUUCAAUCAGGAGCUGAGAACCCAGGAACAGUCACUGGUGUUUGUUAAGCGGAUGCUGGUCCUGGCGGUGUCCACUAUAACAUACCUGCGUGGGAUCUUUCCCGAAGACGCGUAUCGAUCCCGUUACUUAGAAGAUUUAUGCAUCAAAGUCCUUAAAGAGAACUGUACCACUCCAGGAGCAUGCAAAAUUGUCAAGUGGCUAAUGGGGUGUUUUGAUGCUUUGGAAAAUCGAUAUUUGCAAAUUGUGCUUAUUGGGGUACACAGAGACCCAGAUGACACAAAUCAUGUAAUAGAGUCUUACCAGUUCAAGUUCAAAUACACAGACCACAGGCCUCAGAUGGACAUCAUCAGAAAUGAGAACAUCGAGUUGAGGGUGACCAUGGAGGACACAAAGGCAGCCUCGAUUCUGUUGAUCAGAAAGCUUUUUCUCCUUAUGCAGAAUUUGGAUGCUCUUCCCAAUGAUGUUUAUCUAACCAUGAAGCUCUACUAUUACGAUGAUGUGACACCAUCAGACUAUGAGCCACCGGGCUUUAAAGAGGGAGUGUGCGACAGCCUCUGGUUCGAGGGCACCGCAGUGCACUUCAGAGUGGGAGACCUGCAGACUCCCUUCCACGUGCUGAAAGUUGGAGUAGCAGCUGAGCAAGGCCGUGUGAGUAAACUGCAGGAGGGCAACCACCUUAGAGAGACCGUUCAGGGGUCCACAGAGGAGGUGCCUGGACAACACAAGGAGGAGGAUCUGCCUUCUGAUGAUGAAUCAGCUGCACAGUUCAAGCAACCCAAAAAAGCCACCAUAAAGAGAGCAGGCAACAAACUGUCAAAGAGAAGAAAGAAAUUAAUUUAAAAGCACUCUAUAUACACUGUAUAGAUUGUAUUUUUGUAGUAUGUAUAUCCAGUUAUAUAUUUGCACCCUUAUUUUUCUGAAGGAAAACGUUUAUAACUGUUGUAAAUUCUUUGUUAUUGUUGUUCAGAUGUUAUUGAUCUACCAGUUGAUACUGUUUCAAAAUGUAGAAAGAGAAAAGCACAGACUGCAUAAAAAUACGUAAUUAAAAAUACUUUGUUUCUUUUAUUA